GACAGAAGUUGAGAGCUGGCUACCUAUGGAGAGCGCGAGCACCUGUCCGAAAGUGACAGCGGCUGUGACGCAGCGUGUGCAUUGCAAUUCCGAGGAGCAGUGAUGUCAGGCUGGCUGAGAGAUGCGGAGGUGCUGGAGGGGCAGGGCAGUGGGGAGACUACACCAUGCAGUCCCAGACUGAGCAGCCUCCUGCCUGGACGAGGUAGGGGGUCAGUCCCCUCUCCCAUCUCCAGAGAACCAGCAGAACCAGCAGCAGCAGCAGCAGCAGCCGUAGCCACAGCAGGGCCUGUUGGGCAGGACAGCAUGGACAAAGCCAAAGAAUUGUUUGAGCUGUGUGAUAAAGAAAAGAAAGGAUUUAUCACAAAGAGAGAUAUGCAGAGGUUACAGGGUGAGCUUCCCCUGUCUCCUGAGCAGCUGGAGUCGGUGUUUGAGAGUUUGGACAGAGACAGAAAUGGCUUUCUCACACCCUUGGAGUUUCACACCGGCCUCGGGGAGUUGGUAGGAGCUGAAGUGUGUAUGGAGAGCUCCUCUGUGGGUGAGGAGAAGGAGGAGAAGGAGAACCCGACAGAGGUCAGGUUCAGACAGAUGUUGGGGGAGCUCGGAGCGGAUAAACUCUUUAAAGAUCAGUGGGAGUUGUGUGCUCUGUGGUGUGAGUUACAGAGAGACAGACCAGAGUUGCUGGGUGUUCUGGAAGACGUCCUCUCCCAGGCCGUGAGUCAGUUGCAGGAUUCCCUGAAAGAGAGGGACAAUCUGGAGGAGACACUACGCAGGCGGGAAGAUGACCAUGACAGAGAGGUACGCUCCAUCUAUGAGGACAUGGAGGCUCAAAUGAGAGAGGAGAGAGAGAAACGCCUCGCUGAGGACAGCGUGAGGCAGGAUGAUAAAAGAGGGCAGCUGCUAGAGGAGCUGAGGAUGCGAGAGCAGGAACUGGAGUUCACACUGACCAAACAGAGAGAGUUGGAGAGCAGGAUUGAGUCUCUGAGCAGUGAGCAGGCAGAGACUCGAGUGCAGAAUCACAGGCUGCAGACUGUGAACAUGCAGUUGCAGGAGCAGCUGGAACAGAACAGAGAGGAGCUGCAGAGAGCCCAGAGUCAGCUCCAGCUCCUGCAGACACAGCUCAGCCAGCAACACCAGGGCAAAGAGAGGGACGUGCUGAAGGUCUCCAGGAACAUGCAGAAAGAGAAGGACAGUCUGAUGAGGCAGCUGGAUUUGCUUCGGGACAUGAAUAAGCGUUUGAGAGAUGAGAAGGAUGCCCAGCAGUCACAGAAGAUGGUUAGUUCCAGACACCCUCCCCACAUCCACCACCACCCUCACCACCCAAACCCCUCCCUACACUGUCCGUGCGGGCGCGGCUCCUCCAUCUGGCCACGCCCUUUUUACUAAACCCCGUCGCGGCAGUGGAUGCGCUUAAUCGGCCCUGGACUUGAGUAAUGCUCUAGCCUGAUCAAAUCUGACAAAGGCCCAGUUACAUCUCUCUCCCCGUGUCACGCAGCUAUGGUUUGGUCUCACAAUGUGAUGGGUUUUGCUCGUUCUCUCUCUCUCUCUCUCUCUCUCUCUCUCUUGCUAAGUUGAUUUUUGGGGGAGCUCUAAGGCCACAGCAGAACAACUAUAAAACGUUUAAGGGCAAAGGUUACAAUGUCCAGAAUUUGUACCAGUCAAUCACAGCACUUUACUGAAUGUUUUGGGGACAAAAAAAGACUUUUUUUUUUUUGAGAGACAAACAUUAGUGUUUUUAGGCUCAUUGAUGACAUCGACCAAUUGUGCAAUCAUUUAGUUGCCUAAUUUCACCCUUUGACAAAUGGCUUAGAAUAAUGAACAUCAAGACAAAGAACAAAGAUGAGAACUUAACAGACUAGAAAAUAAAUCUAUGCUUCCAGCAAUCAUCCAUAGGCCAUAAAAGAGCAUUUUACAAAGAGCCUCUUUAGCAAAGCUAGAACUGUGAAUUCGAGAACCAGUGUGGUUCUCACAUGAAGAAAAGGUCAUAUUAGCUUUCUAGAACAAUCUGUUGUAUUGUUGUAUUAGUAUUUUAAUAGUAAUUUCCCUCUCCAACAUUCUUUAUGUUCUUCUUGUUGGAUUUCAGUCUGUAAACUUUUUGUUUUAAAUCUCUGAGAGCCUCUCUCUUUCUCUCUGUCUCUCUCUCUGUCUGUCUUCUCCUCUCUCUCAGAGUACAUGUUACAUACUCUUACCUCAAUGUGACACCCACUCUAUUUCAGUCUAGUCACAAUGAAUCAGACAU